AGUUCCUUUUCAGCCUCGCCUUUGACGUCUAUAAGAAGAUCCUCAAGUAAAAGGAUUCCAAACCCACUCUCGAAAUAUAUUCCCUUUUGUUCAAUUCACUUCUUAGAAGGUUCAAUAAGCUCAAUGUUUGUUAUGUUUACUUGCAUUAUGUGAGGUCCAUGACUAAGCAAAUGAAGGCCAAUGGUGUUAUUCCUGAUACUUUUGUCCUCAACAUGAUAAUUAAAGCUUAUUCCAAGUGUUUGGAGCUUGAUGAAGCCAUUAAGGUUUUUCGCAAAAUGGGCUUGUAUGGCUGUGAGCCGAAUGCUUAUAGUUAUGGAUAUAUUGCAAAAGGUUUGUGUGAGAAGGGUAGGGUGAAUCAGGGAUUUAAGUUCUUGCAGGAAAUGAGGGGUAAGAGUUUUGUGCCAAGUGCGGGUACUUAUGUUGUAAUCAUUUACAGUCUUUCCAUGAAUCGGAGGUUUGAGGAUGCCAUCGAGGUUCUGUUUGAUAUGUUGGAGAACUCUAAGUUUCCUGACCACUUGACUUAUAAGACUGUUCUGGAGGGAUUGUGUCCCAAAGGGAGAGCCAAUGAGGCUUUUGAUCUGCUUGAUGAGUGCAGGAAGAGGAAUGUUAACAUGAAUGAAAAGAUGUAUAAGGCUUUGUUGAGAGAAUUGCACUAUAUUUGCAGGGAAGGGGAGUAGAUUCUGUGCUUGCUGUUCCUUUAGUCUCGAUAAGCAUAAGUUGCCGAAUUCAGUUGUUAUAGGGAGUAGUAGAACUUGGUGUGGUAUCAAGAAAGAAUAAAUUUAUUUUUGAGUGAAUAUUAUUCCUGUAGAUUUUAUGAUAUUUUUUAUUGAUGUUAAAAUAGUAUUAGUUAAAA